UUCUCACUGACAGCCGGCGUAGCACUAAUGAGCGUCCUAUCGCGGUUUCUGCGACGGCGUAAGCCACCGCGUCCUGCCCGACGACCACGCAAGUACACCGGACGGCGUACACGAAAUAGUAUGCGCAGUCCCAAUGAUCUGACGUCGGUGGCCGGUUCAAAGGCAUCAGCUCGGUCAGGCAGUCCCGUUGGCUCGACAGUUGCCUACUCGGAUCGACUGUCAAUGGCAUCGGGCUCCAUUGGUGCUAUGGUACAGAAUCAGAAUUUGGCAGGCGCCGUUGGCGCUGUGCCACAGCUGACGGCCCAGCAGCUGGGUGUGAUGGGCAUGGAGGCACUGGAUACAGUGAUCAAUUUUUGGGAGGAUGCACUGGCUGCGCAUUAUUCGCCCGGUGGAGUGCCAGCCUCGCUGACAACAGCCGAGGACUCCGAGUUUUGUCGUGAGAUUCAGAACUUGCUGGAAAUGGCGUACACGCUGCAGGAGCAGAGCGAACUACUCUUCCUUGAUCAGCGUUCGGUGCUCUUCCGCGAGGAACAUUCCAUAGACGAAGCCGAGGAGGACGGAUUGGCUGCAGCCGGGGACGGUGACGAUGAUCGGCACUCGCGCAAAUCGGGCAGCGUCUUAAGUCGCGUUGGCUCCGAUCCCAAUUUCGAUUCCGCAGAAAGCUUCGCGUCGGCCCUGGACCAAGUGGCCGAUCUGCGCGAAUUCGAUGGCUUCAUUGAAAUGGCGUAUGAAGAAUACCCGCUGUUUCAGAAUGCACUGAAGCAUCACGAUGAGUAUACAGUGCCAUGUCGGACGAUUCGCUCCGAGCUGAUGCACUGCAGCAGCGAUACCGAAUAUUUGGCCAAGCUGCAUUGCGUCCGACUCGCCUUUCAGUUUCUAUUCAAGGAUGCCGCCGUUGGCCAAUGGAUUUGCGAUGCGGGCCGGCAAAUACUGACAGAUCUGCUGUGCCUGGGCGACAAGGACACCAAAGAGUUCCUAGUUGGCUACGAGGAUAUGGUUAACUAUCUGCAAGAGCCCAGCAACUGGCCGUGCAUCCAAAUGGAGCUCGAGCAGCGCAACGUCAAGGCAAUGACAUUCUAUGACAUCUGCCUCGACUUUAUUAUACUGGACUCGUUCCGGGACUUGGAUGCGCCACCAGCUAGCGUGACGGCCGUUGUCCAGAAUCGUUGGCUAUCCAAUGGCUUCAAAGAGACGGCUCUGACGACGGCUGUCUGGUCGGUGCUAAAGGCAAAGAAGCGUAUGCUUAAAUUUCAAAAUGGAUUUAUGGCGCACUUCUAUGUGAUAUCGGAACAGAUAUCGCCGCUGAUGGCUUGGGGCUUUUUCGGACCCAACGAGAAUCUGCGUGACAUUUGUCAUUAUUUUCGGGAGCAGUUGCUAGCCUUCUUGGCCGACAUUUACAGCUUCCAGAAGAGUCGGUUCACCACCAUCGAGGACUUCUCGCAGGAUGUGCUGAAGCACAUGCAGACACGCGUCAACAAUAUAGGCGUUAAAUUUAGUCAAUAGAGAGACAGAGACAGACAGAGUGAAAAUGAAGUGGAUGAUGAUGAUAAUGAUAAUGAUAAUGAUGAUGAUGAUAAUGAUAAUGAUAAUAUUGUUUCUUUAGUUUGGGUUCUCGGCCAAAGUUUAUGUUUAUAUUUUGAUGGCAAUCAACUUUAAAUCACUUCAUGCCACAUACACACACAUGUACGUUGACUAAUUUUAAAACCCACACACACACACAACACAUGCACAUUUAUAAUUAAGAAUUGCAUUAAAGUCGCCAAAAACAUUUGUAAAAUAAAACUGUUUACUGUUCACUGCCAGCAAAGCAAA